UCUGACUUUAUAAUAUAAUAUAUAGAUGGCAUUUUCCCUACAAAAAAAUUUAAUUUGUCGGAUACUUCUACAGAUGGCAUUCUUUGACAACAUGUGAUUAUCGCAAAAUUCGUCUUAAUGCUUGGAAAAUGGUAAUUAUGAAAAAUGCUUAAAUAUCAUCAAUUAAAGUAUAAGAACGAACGAUUUUCAGUGUUGACAUUGUUUUAAUAUCAAUCUACUUAAUAAAUAUAUUUUCAUACAGAUUUUAAAAGUUUAAUAUAUAUAAAUAUGAAUAAUAAAAGUGAUGGUUCCCCAUUUGGUUUUACUACUGCCAGUGGUAAUUCAAUCCAUGUGUCUGAAAAAGCUUUAUUAAAAGCAAAAAAACUCUUUAAUAAUGAGCUUAAAGAAAGUGACAAUUCUGAACAAAAAUUCAAAGUUGAAAAUGAAAUUAAUACAUUUAAUACGCAAAUACCAGAUGUUGGAUUUCAAACUGCAAGUGGUCAACGCAUUAAUGUGACCAAUGAAGCACUAUCAAAAGCAAAAAAACUCUUUAUUAAUGAGCUUAAAGAAAGUGACAAUUCUGAACAAAAAUUCAAAGUUGAAAAUGAAAUUAAUACAUUUAAUGUGCAAAUACCAGAUGUUGGAUUUCAAACUGCAAGUAGUCAACGCAUUAAUGUGACCAAUGAAGCACUAUCAAAAGCAAGAGAACUUUUUAAUAAUGAACUUAAAGAAAGUGACAACUCUGAACAAAAAUUCAAAGUUGAAAAUGAAAUUAAUACAUUUAAUACGCAAAUACCAGAUGUUGGAUUUCAAACUGCAAGUGGUCAACGCAUUAAUGUGUCCAAUGAAGCACUAUCAAAAGCAAAAAAACUCUUUAAUAAUGAGCUUCAAGAAAGUGAUAACUCUGAACAAAAAUUCAAAGCUGAAAAUGAAAUUAAUACAUUUAAUGUGCAAAUACCAGAUGUUGGAUUUCAAACUGCAAGUGGUAAAUGUAUUAAUGUGACCAAUGAAGCACUAUCGAAAGCAAAAGCAUUAAUUCAAGAAGAGAUCUCCAAAGAUUUUGAAACUAUUCUUGCAUUACCUAAACCUUUGCAGAAGCGAAAAAUUAAAGAUGUAGAUGACAAUGUAUCUUUGAACAACAAAACAAAAUCUAGUCAGUUUAAAAAGUUACGAUUUAGUAAUGAGUUUCAAGAUUUAAAAUCAACUCAUAGAAACUCAUUGAAUAAUGAAGAAAAAGGAAAUCAAAGCACAUCUUCAGUAUCUAUGCAAGUAACUUCAAAUUGUGAUGUUGAACUUAAAUUAAAUGAUAAUAUGAUUAAUAUUAAUAAAACAAAUAAGGAAAGUGAUGAAAUAAUAGAUAACUAUGUAAUUUCACAUGAAAUAGCUAGUGCAGUUGCACUUUUAGCCGAUGAAAAAGAUUUAGAUUUCAUGGAGCAACAAAUAUCUCCUAAAGAAAUCAAAGAAAAUGAUGAAACUGAAACUGUUCCAUCUAGCCCAGUAAUAGGAGGACAAUUUAUUCGUAGAAAGCGAAGGAGUAUAGGUAGAAGACAAACUACAAAUACCUCAAAAAAUAAAGUAGAUAAGUUGGCAUGUUUAUGUAAAGCAGAUAAAUUUAUAGAUAAUUUAGAAAAGUUAAAUGAUAAUUAUGCAAGUUCGAAUCAAUAUAUAAAUAAAAAAGAUAAUUGUUUAACAGAGAAGCAAAAUUUAACAGAUAAACAGGAUCAAUAUGACUCUGUAGUCGUCAAUGAUUUUGGUGACUCUCAAUUAAUGAUAGACUUCAUAAAUCAAUCUGUAACUGUAUUAGAGAAACGUUUAGAAGCUGCUUUAGAACAAGAUAAACAAAUUAUUAUGAAGCAAAAAAGUAAGCCUCAACCAACAAUCAGUAAAUUAUAUUUUCACAGAAAGAAUAAUACCAAUAAUCGUAUAUCAUGGAAAGAAAUUAGUAAGGGAGAAAAACCUAUUCUAUGUACAUAUGAAGAGCUUGUUAACAGAAAAUUACCACCUGAAAUUUUGGACCUAAGAGCUGAUAAUGCGAUAAUGUAUAAGUUUCAUUGUGCAGAUUUUUACGGGCAAAAUAUUGUGCAAAAUAAUAUUGAUGGUAUAAAAUUGGAAGAUGGAGCUUGUUUAAUUUUGGAUGAAAAUGGUUAUGUAGGAAUAACAGAAAUUAAAAGAUCUUUUUUAGCAAGUCCAGGUGUAGAUCCUAACUUACUUCCCAUUGGGUGGGUAGAAAAUCAUUACAAAUGGAUUGUAUGGAAAUUAGCAUCAAUGGAUAGAAUAAAGCUAGGUCAUAUCAUUCUACCAAGAGUUCUAACUCCUGCCAGGGUAAUGAUGGAAUUGAAAUAUCGUUAUGAUAGAGAAGUUGAUAGAUUUCAAAGAUCGGCUUUAAGGAAAAUAUUAGAGAAAGAUGAUGUUGCAACCAAGAGAAUGGUUUUAUGUGUGUCUUCUAUUAAUAAAUGUGAUGAUUCUGAUAUCGAAAACAAAAAUCAAUUAAAAACAUCGUCCAAAAAAUUGAUAUUAACAGAUGGAUGGUAUAGUAUUCAAGCUUCAAUUGAUCAGGCAAUGAUGAAACAUAUAACAUCUGGUAAAAUAAAAGAGGGAACAAAAUUAUUAACAUAUGGAUCUGAAUUAUUAAAUUGUGAUCAAGGAUGCUCACCUUUAGAAAUUGCAGAGAACGUAUGUUUAAAAUUACAUACAAAUUCAACAAGAAGAGCAAAAUGGUAUAUGAAGCUAGGGUAUACAGUACCAUCGGGACCAAUGUACACUAAAUUAAAGACCAUUUAUCCAAAUGGUGGCUUAAUUGGGAAAAUUAAAGUUAUAGUUGCGAGGGUAUAUCCAAUGUUAUAUCAUGAGAGAACUUCUGCAGGAGAAUCUAUUUUUCGAAAUGCUAGAUGCGAAGAAAAAGCUAACAUUAUCUAUGAAAAGGAAUAUCGGUCAAUGGUAGAAGCAUUUUAUGCUAAAGCAGAGAAAUAUUUUCAUACUGGAAAAUGCAAAACUAAUUUAAAUGCAGACAGUAUCGAUUUAGCAGCAGUUGAAUGGAAUGAAGAUUACGACAAAAUAUUUAAAGAGGAAUUUCGUUCAGAACAAGAGCUAGAGCAAUUACAGAAUGAUUGUCGCAUGAAACAGGAGAAAUUUAGACAAAAAUUAGAGUCUCGAUUACAAGAAAGCUUACCUCUACCGCGACAGGUUACACCUCUUUUAAAAAUUCGCGUAAUUGAGGAAGAAACAAAUGCUAUUCUUUCAAUUUGGUCUCCCAGCGAAGAAAUUAUAGAUAUUUUAAAAGAAGGAAAUUGUAUAUCACUUUGUAAUGUUAUGCCCUCAGCAAAAAGAGGUAAUGAGUUGCUAUUGACCGCAAAUCGAAAUGCAUCAUUUGUCCAAGUAAGCAUUUUUGAUAAUUGUUUUCGUCUGAGAACAUAUACAGCAAUAUGUGAAAUAAGUAAGCCAACCUUCACUCCAGCUUAUGGAGAAUUUGAUACAGUAGGAAUUAUUGCUUCUAUUGGAAAUGAACCCUAUGGUAUGAAAAAUUUUCAAGCUGUGUAUUUAGCACAUCCACAUGCAAAUUCUCCGUCUUCAUAUUUAUCAAUACUUUUUUGGCACGGGAUAUCUUCUUAUGGGUAUGCAGAAAUUUUGACUAUAGGAUCUUUUGUUGCCUGUGGCAAUUUAGAAUGGCGUCGAGCUACAUCAUGGAAUAUACCAGUGGCAUAUUGCACAGAACGAAGUAUUUUUACGCAUAAUCCUCGAGACAGUCACCUUCAGGAACCUUUCGAAAAUUUAAAAUGUUUAAUAACGGAUAUUAGUACGUAUAUAGAUACCUGUGUGGUAGAAAUUUCGGAGAAAGUACAAAAGAAAUCAAUGAUGAGAAAUAAUUUCAACAAAGAUGUAUCAAAUGAAAAUAUUAAUGCUAACAAGCAACUUAAUGAUCAUGUAUCUCAGGAAUUCCAAGGACGGAGUUUAACAAAUAAUCAACUAGCAAAAUCUGUUGCCAUACAAAAACGGCUUGAAAAAUUACAAUCUUAUGGUGAGCCAUCUAGUCUAUCCCCAAUUACACUUAAUAACAGCUCCAAGCGAGUAUCAUUAGAGUUUAAAUCUCCCAUACAAUCAAGAAGUGAAAAAUGUACAAAAGUUCAUAGAACAUUACAUGCAAGACUUACACAAAACCCUACAUGACAGUGCAUAUUUUACAAGUUUUUUUAUCUAAGUAUGUAUUAGUUGUUUAUAUUAUACUUGUAUAAUAAAUUUUAAGAUUCUUUAUUAUACAGGUUAAAUACUUUAAUAUUUAUUAAAUAUAUAGUAACAAUUCUGAUCUUAUUUACUAAAUUUGUUUGAUAUUUUUCAUAAUAAAAUAAAAGUAUUAAAAUUAACAGAACAAAGUACAAAUUUUGUGAUAAAAAAUGUAAACAAAUCUAUAUUAAUAAUUACACUCCUUGUCAAAAAGAUAACCCAGGUGUGCUAUUUUUAAUUUCCCAAUAAUACGUGUAAAGUUUUUCGUCUGUAACGUACAAUAUCAAAAUAUUAUGAGAUCAGGAUAUGCGGCUUGCUGCAAAUAAGUCACAAUGUCGUAGAUGUUUGUAUACAACAAAGAAGAACUGUAGUAUUGUAAACUAUUAUAAUCAGUUUAUUUACAAUGGAUUAAACAGUAAACGAUGGUUAUUUAACAUGAACUAAUCACAACAACAUAUUAUAAUUAAGACAACUAGAUAAUUAAUUAGUAACUCUAGUCACCACGGAUUUACUCUCUCUCAAGAACGCUAGCAACACUAUCUCGAUAACUCAAUCCGCACUCUCCGGCUUCUCAACUCAUACUGCUGUUAAUUCGUUUAUGUCCUUUAGCAACCCCUUAUCUUUUGUCUUAGUACCACCACGCGCAUGCUCAGCAGCCGCUUGUUUAUAAUUUACAUGACACCUCCCAGGCCUCUCCACAAUGCUACAAUACGAAGCAUGAGGUCGAAAGGUCGACCUGAUAUGCAUAAUUUUGCAUUCUAUAGCUCUGUUUGAUACUCAGUGACUAAAAUAUUUCUGUAUUUUCAUUAGGUAUCCCUUCCUUUCUAGCAUCUUUAUAAUUGGUGUGAUGGUUAACAUUAUCAUAAGUUUCUUCCUUUUUAUUGAAUUCUAUUUUGAUGACUGUGGUUAACAUGACCAAAUUGUCCAUUGUGCCCGUUCUUUUUUUCUUUCUAAAACCAUCUUUUUUCGCUUUUUCCCUGAACUCCUGUUUAUAAACAGACGAUAAGUGAUCGGAUGUCGGUAAUCAAUACUGACGUAUACAUUAUCAUACACGCACAUUUGUAAGCAGAAAUACAAUAUAGUUGUACCGAUAGUUUUUCGAAUAUCUUAAAAACUAAGCGAGUUCAUCCCUUAUAUAUAGGAAAGAAAUUGUUUGAAAUUUUGAAUUUUACAAUACAUCCGAACAUUAUCGAAAUUUAAUGUUUCUAUAGUUUCAUUAGCAAGGGCUACAAAUACUGUUUAACUGCAAUAAACAGAUUCUCCAGGUGGUCGGAAGCAAUGGCAUUCAUGAACAUCUCUGUAGACAGCAUAGCUCUAUGUGGAAUGGAUAUCAGGAUUCGGAGUCUCAGCAACAAUCAGUACCGAUCAAGGAACACAAUGUAAAUCAUAAAAAGCGUUAUCAAAACUGAUAAGCAGACAAGACAAGAACCCCAGCAUACCACAAUCAAAUGGAACAAUAGCAAGAUGGCAUAAGUUGUUGAAGUCAGCUAUCGUAUGCCACGAAACCAAGAAUUGCGUCAAUGACAUCGAGUCCUUGAAGUAAGAUAUGCGAGUUGAAGUUCGAACAACUCACUCGUAAGGGAAUGAUGUAAAGACAAGCAUCUGCAUGUUCUUAUGCGACAUGACGCCCAUUUCACAUCGUAUUUGUAAUUAGGUUAAAUUAGGUUAAGCCUAGUUUUUAAAAGAACGCGUCUAUUAUACAAAAAUAGAAUGAUCAUUCUCAAAUUAAGGCUUGUAGAGCACGAACGUAAAAAGGAAAAAAACGAAUAAAGCACAAAACCGGACUCGUCGUCUAUUUUUGGAGUACUUGUUACCAUUUUUAACAUAUGGCCAUGUUACCAUUUUCCAAGUUCUCACAAGCAUGGGUUCUCAUUUAAAUGAGUAAAAACAACCGAUAUAAAUGAAGAACGAAAUUUAAACUGACUGAUUGUAUUAGAUUCCAAUAGAACAGAAUGGAUCAUAGAUCAUUCAAUAAAAUAAUAUAAAACAAAGAA